GGUAGUCCUAUUCACAGAAAGAUGACAGGUGCACGUUUCCAUGCGCCCAUCUCAGAUCCUUGAUACUCUAUUUUGUGGAAAGUGAACAUAAGACUUUAUCUUGGCAUGCGCUAAGAUGUCACGGGAUAUGGCGUGCGCUGCGCCAAAAUUUAGACAGAUUGGGCCACCGAAUGCCGGCGAAGAUGAUGUGCGUGAAGGUGAGAUUCUGAAGACACAACUCUCCCUAUCAUAAGGUGGUCCUAACUAAAGCCAUUUCUUUUGGGCAUCAUUUGACCGGCUCAGCUGUGUGCUUCGCGACAGCGUUGUAUCGUGCCCGACGCAAACUUUUAUUUACUGUGUCCUGCUCGCUGCUCAAGAAAUGCGUGUUCCAACUUGGGAGCAUAGCCUACGAGAGAAGGCAGCGCGAAUGGCCUGCACCUUCAAAGUCAAUUGGCAUCUGGGUUUGACGGCGUUUGGAGGGCCUCCAGUGCAUUUCAAAAUAUUCCAUGAUCGAUUCGUGAGACGUCUGCAAUGGGUCGAUGAUCAAAUGUAUCAAGAGCUGUUCAGCAUCUCCCAAGCUCUUUCUGGGCCGGCCAGCACCAAGAUGCUUUAUUGCAUCAAUCUCAUCCAAGACGGCCUCCUCAGCGCCAUUUUGGCCUUCAUGAUCUGGAGCUUACCCGGUGCCUUGGGAAUGUACGGCCUCUCUUUGGGCGUUUCUAAUAUCGGCUCAAGUCUCCCGCGCGCAGUCUAUGCUCUUCUUUCUGGCCUCAACGCUGCCACUGUCGGCAUCAUCGCCCAUGCAGCCGUGGAGCUCUCGGACAAAAGUAUCAAUGACAAGCUUACAAGGACACUCGUGUUUCUCUCUGCCGCAGCGGGCAUAAUGUAUAACGCGAUAUGGUUCUUUCCAAUACUCAUGUGUGCUGCGGGCUGUUCGGCUAUCGUACAUGACUACCGCUGGAUUCAAAAGCCAGCGAUGCGGGCCAGAGAGAUGAUGCGAGCGUUACUCGGCAAGAGACAAGGUGGAUCAUUCAUCCCAACCCGCCAGGGUGUGGACGUUGGCGGUGAAAUUCACCUCCCAUCAAGUAGGCGAACGUCCACGCCGCAAGACAGAAACGCCGGCCAUACGGGAAUCUCACUUGCCAUUCUCCGGCCUUCAUCAUCCGAGCAUCAGGCCGCCAGUACCUCGCGCACCGAACAGGGUCCAAUUGCACCGCCUAUGGAAGUCGAUGCACGUCGCUCUCUAGCUGGAUCCGAGCCGCGGAUCAUUCCAAGGGAAUUUCAACUGCAAUUUUCCUGGAAAGCUGGCGCUGCCAUCAUAGCAACCUUCUUCGCCACUUUCAUCACUGUGAUGGCCAUCCGAGGAAUCAUCCCAGAUCCUCCAGUCCUUUAUAAGCUGUUCUCUAAUCUCUACCUUGCGGGUACCAUUAUCUUUGGCGGCGGCCCUGUAGUGAUUCCGUUGCUUCGGGAGUACAUUGUGGUCGAGGGCUGGGUAUCUCCGAGGGAUUUUCUAAUCGGCCUUGCCAUUGCGCAGUCCUUCCCUGGCCCCAACUUCAACUUUGCUGUUUUUCUCGGCGGCCUGACCGCCGCCAAUGCGGGAUAUCCUGCUAGCAUAGGCGCUGCCAUCGCCUUUUCUGGCAUCUUCACCCCGGGACUGGUUCUCGUUCACGGCACAAUGGGCGUUUGGGGGGCGUUGCGGAGCAGGCCCUGGGUGAAGGCCAUGGUGCGGGGCGUGAACGCCUCAGCCGUCGGGCUUAUCUACACUGCAGUCUACCGGAUCUGGCAGGUUGGGUACCUUGACGAGGGCUUCCAGUCAGGGAAGAGUUUAGGUGACGACCCAUGGUGGGUUGUUGUCACAGCUACUGCGUAUGUCGGGGGACGAUAUUAUAAGUUGGCAGCGCCGUUGGCGGUCUUACUCGGGGCGACGAUGGGUUUGAUUAGGUAUGGCGUUGUGUCUACGUAGAUGUUAGCUUUAGAUUAAGGCGAUGAGCUCGAAAAGGGCUUUGGGCUUGCUGCCUGACCUAGCAACUUAGCCCAUUCGCCACGACUGUCUUACAGACAAAAGGUGGAGAGAAUACAAGAGAACGGAGAUAAGCGUCCAAUUGUUGGUAG